CGGUCCUCUCGUUCCCCCCUUUCUUCCCACUUCUUCCUCAUCUCAUCCCAUUCUUCCCCUCGAUUCCCUGCGGUCUUAAUCUAUAUUUGAUCCCGAUUCAAAGAACACAAGUGCUCCGAUCGCUUCCAUUUUCCGAAUCGGACUCUGAUCUUCGAUCGGGGAGAGGAACAGGGAGAAGGCCAAGGGAGGAGCACACGAAGCAAUCGCCCUACUGUGGGUCAGUCGGCCGCAUCCUAGACUUCAGGGGGAAUCAGUGGAUGUUCUGCUGCCUUUGAUGUGUACUGCGCGUUCCCCGUCGUUGCCUUGCUCCAUCUGACUUGAUAUAGACCGUAAAAAUCCGAUCUUUUCUCCUGCCUCUGUUUCUCUGCCUGGGCCUCUCCAUCUGUCUCUUCCCGUGGAAUUUGGUCUCUUUUCUUUGUGAAGGAUGUUUUCGAUCCGUGGUUUUGAUGACGAACCGACUCCAAGAUGCAAUUGCUUUUUUUGGUUGAACGAAGGAUGUGGUGUUCUGUGUUCAUCGGUGUUCGAUUGUGUUGUUCGUAUGGACUGCUGCUUUGGAGUUAGUUGAACGAGGAUAUAGCCUUGGAUUGGAUUCACUCUACUGCUUGAUCCUUGGGCACUUGCCCGAUGGAUCCCACCACUAGUGGUAGCAGUUCUUCCCUACCGUUUCAGACCAUUGUAGAUCCAUCCCUUUCUUUGGUGCCCCCAUUGCAGCGAACCUUCAAACGUGUGCAGAGGCAUUGCUUUGGUGACUCGAACCCAGGGGAAUUCCCCUUGGCUGAAACCCCCUCUAUCGUUCUCAUUAUUCUAACCAAUUGCGAUUUGGAACCCCGGGAUCUUGCUAAUCUGGAGGCAACAUGUACAUUUUUCAGAAAGCCUUCAAAUUUUGCUCCUGAGGUCCAGUUAUCUAUCACAGAGCUCGCAGCAUUAGACAUGUGCCAGGAAAGGGCCAUCUUCAAGCCAAUGAAUUCAGAAGAAAAAGAACUUCUUAAACAACGCUGUGGGGGAUCUUGGAAAUUAGUUCUUAGGUAUAUAUUGGCAGGUGAGAUAUGUUGCCGGAGAGAAAAGUCUCAGGCAAUUGCGGGUCCUAGUCACAGCAUUGCCGUGACUUCAUCUGGAUCUGUAUAUUCCUUUGGAUCCAACAGCUCAGGACAGCUCGGCCAUGGCACCUUGGAGGAGGAAUGGAGGCCACGACUUAUAAGAUCGCUGCAAGGCAUUCGGAUUAUACAAGCAGCCGCCGGAGCAGGGCGAACAAUGCUGAUCAGUGAUGCUGGACAGGUUUAUGCUUUCGGGAAGGAAUCAUUUGGUGAGGCAGAACACACAAUUGAAGGGUCCAAGGUUGUCACUACACCGCAACUGGUGAAAUCAUUGAAAGACAUAUAUGUGGUUCAGGCAGCAAUAGGAAAUUUCUUCAGUGCAGUUCUUUCUCGAGAAGGCAGGGUCUACACUUUCUGUUGGGGAAAUGAAUCAAAGCUCGGUCAUCGCACAGAACCAAAUGACUUGGAGCCACAUCCGCUAUUGGGUCCUCUUGAGAACAUACCAGUGGUUCAGAUUGCCGCUGGCUACUGUUACCUUCUAGCACUGGCAUGUCAACCAAGCGGCAUGUCGGUCUACUCUGUGGGCUGUGGCUUAGGAGGGAAACUUGGGCAUGGUUCCAUGACUGAUGAGAAGUAUCCAAGGUUGAUCGAGCACUUCCAGACUUUAAACCUGCAGCCUAGGGUGGUUGCAGCUGGUGCCUGGCAUGCUGCCGUCGUGGGACAAGAUGGGCGGACAUGUACAUGGGGAUGGGGGCGCUAUGGGUGCUUGGGCCAUGGGAAUGAGGAGUCUGAAUCUGUUCCCAAGGUCGUGGAAUCCUUGGACAACAUAAAGGCUGUACAUGUCGCAACGGGCGACUACACUACAUUCGUUGUUUCUGAUACUGGGGAUGUUUACUCAUUUGGUUAUGGAGAAUCCUCAAGUUUGGGUCAUUCCUCCGUCAUUGAUGGACAGGGUAACAGACAUGCCAAUGUACUCAGCCCAAAAUUAGUGACUUCACUUAAGAACAUCAAUGAGAGGGUAGUGCAGAUUAGUCUCACCAACUCGGUCUACUGGAACGCGCAUACCUUUGCUCUAACAGAUUCCGGGAAACUGUAUGCAUUCGGAGCGGGUGAUAAGGGGCAGCUCGGCACUGAACUUCCUGCACAGCAGACCGAAAGAGCGAUGCCAGAGCAAGUCAACAUCAAUCUUAGUUAGUUCAGUCGCUUCGUGUCCUGACGCCCUGCUGAUUCUUUGCAGUUCCAUUCAAUUGCUUCCAGCACUAAUCAAAAUCUCCUCUUGUUCAUAUGACUAUAGCUUGAUCUGUUCAUAGUUCAUGAAGUGUAUAUAACAGUGAACCUCGUUAGAUGAUGCAUCCUUGCAGUUCAAGGAAGUCUCAACAGGUGAAGCACUUUGGAUCCUUCAAAUGUAUAAAGCUGACAAAUGUACUUAGGUAAUUUAAUUUGCAGUGUACCAAAUUGUUUGCCUUCUUUUUUCUAAUUCAAUGGUUCAUAGAUUCAAA